AUGCAUGCCACAGCCAUCCUGCACUACUGGCAUACUCUGCAAUCCGUCAUUACCAGUUUGAAUCCAUGUCGACUACCUCGUCCGAAUCCACAGUCUACACCAUCGACACGCCUACGGAAGCUCUAUGGGCGGUGGUUGACGAGUUGCGAGCGCGCCGUCAGACACUGUUAGUUAACAGCCGCAACGAGCGACGCAACUACAAACAGCGCGUUGAAAUGUUCAGGAAGCAAUUGGCGUCGAACCCAGCGAUGCGAUCAAAUGCCGAAAUGCAAAUCCAGAUGAUGCGCCAGAAAAAGGACUUCUCCAGGGACAACUUUGAGCGCGACACCGACUCCAUCAUCAGCCAGAUCGAAGCGAUUGAGCGGCUGUUGGACCAACAAAAGGUCCGAACGGCGGGCUCGUCCUUGCCGCCCCAGAGCUCGAAGGAUUCGGCAACAUUGAAAGCUUCCAUCGACCGACUGUCGUUGCAAUGGGGCGAGUUGCGCUCGGAAGUGAACAUCUUCAAGAGUGAAUUCUUACGUCAGCUGGACCAACUCCGACAAGUCGUGGCGACGUUGCAAAAGUAGGUCGACGUCUCACGCCUCGUUGCAUACGUAGAUCUACACUAGUACUAGUGUAGUCUGUCCAUGUCCUUGUAAUGCCAUUCCUAAUGCAAGAAACCACAAGGCUUCAGUUAUUGG